AAAGUGAGAUUGAAUUUUUUGGCAAUGAAAGUGAUUGGGAUAAUAAAGGAUUUAAACUUGAAUUAAAUAACGUCUAUAAUAUAAUAGUUGAUGCAGUUUCUAAACAAAAUGCAUUUAAAGACAAUUAUAAAUUUUCAGUAUCUGAGUUAGAGCAAAAAGUUAAAAAGAAUACUCAAGAUAUUAGGCUUCAAUAUGUUGCACAAUAUUUUAGACUUGUUAAGUCUGAUUUUACUAAACAAGAAAUAAGUAACAUAAUUUCAACUUCACUUAAUUGUAGUCCAUAG